AUGCGCUCCUUCUUUCAGUUCGUCACUACGCCGACAGCCGACACCCCCGGCACCACACUCCUCCUGCACUUCGACAACAAGCGUUAUCUGAUUGGAAACAUUGCUGAGGGUACCCAGAGGGCUUCAGUCGAACAGAAAGUCCGCCUCUUGAAGGUCUCGGAGCUCUUCUUGACUGGAAACACAACCUGGGAAAGGACUGGUGGGCUAAUCGGCAUGAUUCUGACACUGGCUGACGCUGCUUCGUCCAGUGCUCAGGCAAGCUUAUUGGAAACAAAGAGAAAGAUUGUGAACAAACUAGAGCGUCAGGGUGCCGAAAUCAACGAUGAAGACAUUACUGAGCAGGCCGCUCGUGAAGUCAAGGAUAGAGCGCGACUUUCAAUCUUUGGAGGGCCUAACCUCAAUUACACCUUGGCCACUGCCCGCCGCUUUGUCUUUCGUAAGGGAAUGCCUGUUGACGUGCAUGAGUUCGGCCACGAUCUUGCCCAAGACACAAUCCCCUCAGUCGAGCCUACAUGGUCAGAUGGCAACAUCCAAGUAUGGGCGUUGCCCAUUUCUCCUGUCUCAAAAGCACUGAGCGGCUCAAGUAGUCCUCGUAAACGCAGCUACGAUGAGCUGAAUGAACAGGGGGUCUCGAAUACCCGCGCGCCCCUGCACCAUGCAGACAAGGAAAAGGCUUUGAUGAUGUCAAAAGCUGUAGUUGCAGAAAUGUUUGAUUCCUCAUGGCGCAUGGACGCGCUUGUUGAGACACCCAUCAAGGAGGUACAGCUGCCUGCCACGCUAUUUGUUCGUGAUCCAGAGACCAACAAAAUGACAAAGUAUACUGGUCCCAUGCCGGGAGGCAAAGAACCAGUCCCGGAUAUCAAGGUUCUGGUCCGCCGUCCAUGGCCUGGCGCUCUGAUAGAAUCUCUUCCGCCAACAGAACCCGCCAAGGUAGCCAUGUCAUACAUUUUCCGCAAUCACAUACAGAGAGGUAGAUUCCAGCCAUCGAAGGCAGCAGCACUCGGUGUCGAGAAGGGCCCCAAAUUUGCAGCUUUGAGCAAGGGCCAGAACGUUGAGAACGACAAAGGCGAAACCGUGACCCCAGAUAUGGUGUUGGAACCGAGCAAACAAGGUGGAGGUGCGGCUGUAAUAGAUCUGCCUUCCCGCGAAUAUGUCGAAGCUCUCGUCUCUCGACCCGAGUGGAAGUCGGAAGAAAUCAUGGCGGGUGUUGGUGCUUUCAUCUGGAUGCUUGGUCCGAAUGUUGCAUCACAUCCCAUGCUCAAGCAGUUCAUGGAGGAUAUGAAGCAUAUGAAGCAUGUCGUAUCUUCUCCCGACCUCUGCUCCAACAGACUGGCCCUUGACUCAGCUGCAGGUGCUACGAUAAGACUGGGUCAGAUUGAUCCUACACGCUACGACGUUCCAGUGCAUAACAAUACGAGCACCCUAAACACACUUGGUUCUACCAGUGGUUUGGAGGGUUUGAUCGCGGUUGCCGACCGCGGACAAAAGGUUCAGCUGGAGCCAUCCCUUGAAAUUCAGAACGACGAGAUAAACACGCUGCUGGACAUUGAAAAAGUCAAGGCAGAGAUGUCGAAAGACGUCCUUGAGCUCGCGCAUAAAGCCAAUGAAGAUGUCGAAGCUAGCAAGCAAGCCCUCGACGCCUGGGCAGACAGUCUACCCCAGAAAGAUGUAGAAAUCACCACCUUGGGGACUGGAUCAGCCUUACCAUCCAAGUACCGUAAUGUUUCAGCAACACUUGUACGCGUACCGGGAUGGGGCUCAAUGCUCUUCGAUGCUGGUGAAAACACUCUGGGCCAGCUGAGGCGCGUGUAUGCGCCCAAGGUCCUCGACGAAAUCAUGAAAGAGCUACGGGUGAUUUGGAUCAGUCAUAUGCACGCCGACCAUCACCUGGGCACUGUCUCGGUCAUCCGUGAAUGGUACAAGACAGUGCAUGGGUCACAACCAGCGCGAAUUAUUAACCCAGGCAGCGAUACCGACUUUGAUGCCGCCUCUCUGUUCAACAAACAAGACCGUCUAUCUGUAAUCUCGGAGGUUGCAAUGUUGCACUGGCUCGAAGAAUACAGCCAUGUUGACGAUUAUGGUUUCUCACGUUUGGCACCAUUGUGUAUUACUCCCAAUAUCCAUGCCAGAGGCCUCAAGUCCACUCUGCAAUGGUUCAUCCCCCCUCAUUCGACACAAACGCUCAAUGGCAGCGCUUCAUCCGCAAACGAAUCGUGGACCGAUAAGAUCGCCCGCGCCCAGGUCUUGCCCCAGGCACUGAACCUCCAGGAUAUUCAAUGUGUGCAGGUUCAGCACUGUCACGGAGCUCGUGCUGUAUCGGUGACAUUCCCUUCAGGGUUCAAAGCUUCGUAUUCUGGUGACUGCCGUCCAUCCAAGCCGUUCACGCAUAUCGGCAAGGGGAGCACGGUGUGCAUCCACGAGGCAACAUUCGACGAUGAGCUGCAAGGCGAUGCUGAAGCAAAGAACCAUACCACAACUAGCGAGGCUCUCAGCGUGGCUCUGGGCAUGGGAGCAAAAGCCUGCGUCCUGACUCACUUCAGUCAGCGAUACCAGAAGGUUCCCGUGUUAGAGUACACUGACGAAGAGGAUGGCGCUAUCAAGGCGGGUAGUGACAUGAAAGUCUGCGUUGCUUUCGACUACAUGAGGAUCAAGGUCGGCGACAUUGCUCAGAUGGAGAAGUAUACAGACGCCCUCGUGGCCUUGUUCGCCGAAGAAGAAUCUGCAGAGGAGGUCAAGCCUGAAGCGCCAAGGAAGAAGGUCAAAAGUGGUAAACCCCAGCGCAACAACUGA